UAUCUCAUGAUACGCUCUAGCGACUCCAGUAAGUGAGGAUGUCUGGUGCAGGAAUAGCUAAAGAAGAUGAACUUUCAGAUCUUCAUUUUCUAAUUUAAGGUUAAUGAAAAGCCAGCCUAAUCUAUCUGACAUCCUGCUGUCUGGACAAAAUGUCUGCGGGUAGCUCGGACCUUGCAGAAGGAAAUGCCCUGACAAAGUUACAGUCUACAAAAGUGAACAAUUUAAGUUUGAUGGACAAAAACCUGAACCUCUUGAAUGAAAAGAUGGACAAACUGUUGCAUUUUCAAGAAGAUCUGACAGGCAAACUGCAGCGAAUUAACAAAGGCAUUGAUGACAUAGAAAAAGGCAUUAACAAGCUAACAGUGUCCCAAGCACCUCCUGAUGAGACAGAUGCAGUGAAAAUAGGCCUAAAAGUAUCGGACAGUACUCUCCAGACUGACAUCCACAGUGUAUGCGCAGAAGUGUUGAAAUUGGUAAAAGCUGCCCAGCUAGAUGCCUCGAAGCAUAAGGAGAGGCUGGCAAAAAUAGAGAAAAGGGUUGAUACACUGGAUAAAGUUAUUACAUUUGUAGAAGAAGUAUUAAAAAAUUCUAAAGUAGUGGAUUUUAUUCUCAAAGGCACUGUGCCCUGGAAGAAGGGGAGUCUGCUGGAAAUCCUUGUUGAGGCCAAAGAUAAGCCUGAGGAGAGUGGUGCAAAACCUAAGCAUGUGCUUAAUAACAGAGGAACCCAAACUGAAAGCAAGAAGCCCCUGGAAGAGACAAAAAGUAGGAAAAAACUGGAUGACAACAAGGGAGCAUGUGAGAUGGUGAACGUUUCUAGUGUUGAAACCCACAAAACUGACUCCAAACUCCAAGUUAAGGAGAGAACAGCACAGCAGCAAGUAGUAGAAGGUGCUGGCAAAACACACAGCUCUAAGAGCUGUCAGCAGCAAAUGGAACUUGGUGUCAAAGAUUUGAAUCAACACAACGGUCUUCCCUUCAUAAAUCAAGAUCAUGCGGACAACCAGAAUGUUCCUGCUAAAGCACACGAUGUGGACCUAGAUGAGUGCCACAGACAGCUUGUUCAUCAGAAACUUGGAGAGCAUGAAAACAGACCUUCAUUUUCGAGUGUGGCAUCCUGGGAAGCUGUGCCCUCCACAUCUCAGGCUAUAUCUGACACAGGGUGUGAAGUGACACAUACCAGGAUAUCCAUCAAUGUGCAUAUGACUGAAGUGAAAGAAAAGAUUGAGAAGACCAAGGAAAGAAACUUAAACGAUCCCAAAGUAAAAUCCCCACCCUCCACAACAGCAGAAGUGGAAAGAGUCAAAGAGCUGCCUGACAAAUUGAAACUUCAACAGAGUCCUAAAAACAUUAGCACUGAUCCAAAUCAAGAAAUGACAAUGGUUGAUAAGCAAAAUGAACCUACACCUCAAAAUGGAAAGCAACAGCCAUUACUGAGUAAGCCCAAAUCAGGUAAAAAGGUUGAAGAGAAAUCAGAAUUAAAAUGCAAGCCCAUGACCUCACAGAAUACCUCUGCAAAGGACUCUAUGAAGGAUCUGGAGGUAGGAGGGAAAAUCCAUCAAGAAACAGCAAAAGCAGAAAAAUCCCAAACAGAUGCCAGUGUUGAGAAGAGAGAACCCAAGUGUGAAGGAAUGACAUCAGAGAAAGCUGAGACACUGGAAGCUACCAAAGAGCUGCCCACUCAGGAUGAAAUGGUCAUCGAUGACAGUCCUUCUCCUCCAGCUCCUUUUGAACACCGCAUGGUGAGUGUCAAGCAAACAGAGGUGACAACAUGCUACUCAGUGUGUCGGCAUGAAGUACUGGGAGGUGGGCGGUUUGGACAAGUUCACAAGUGCACAGAGAUAUCGACUGGGCUGAACCUGGCAGCCAAAAUCAUAAAAGUGAAAGGAGCAAGAGAGAAGGAGGAAGUAAAAAAUGAAAUUAAUAUCAUGAAUCAAAUAAAUCAUGUGAAUCUGAUCCAGCUUUAUGAUGCUUUUGAAGCCAAAAAUAGUAUCACCUUGAUCAUGGAAUAUCUUGAUGGUGGUGAAUUAUUUGACCGGAUCACAGAUGAAAACUACAAUCUGACUGAGUUGGAUGCAAUCCUAUUUACCAAGCAGAUUUGUGAAGGAGUCCAUUACCUGCACCAGCAUUAUAUUCUCCAUUUGGAUCUGAAGCCUGAAAAUAUAUUAUGUGUAAAUCACACAGGAAACCAGAUUAAAAUUAUUGAUUUUGGAUUAGCAAGGAGGUACAAACCUCGUGAGAAACUGAAGGUUAAUUUUGGAACUCCAGAGUUCUUGGCUCCUGAAGUGGUGAACUAUGACUUCGUUUCCUUCCCAACAGACAUGUGGAGUGUUGGUGUCAUCACGUACAUGUUGCUUAGUGGCCUGUCCCCAUUCCUGGGAGAAACUGAUGCAGAGACAAUGAAUUAUGUACUCAAUUGCAGCUGGGAUUUUGAUGCAGAAGCCUUUGAACAGCUAUCGGAGGAAGCUAAAGACUUUAUUUCCAGACUACUUGUGAAGGAGAAAAGCUGCCGGAUGAGUGCAACGCAGUGUCUGAGGCACGCGUGGUUAAACAACCUACCUACUAAAGCCAAGAAGUUCAAGCUUCGCCUGAAGUCCCAGUUGUUGCUGCAGAGUUACAUGGCUCACAGAAAAUGGAAGAAACAUUUUUAUGUAGUGGCUGCUGCUAACAGGCUGAAGAGAUUUCCAACUAUGUCUGUCAAGCUUGCAUAAGCUUCCUCAGAGCCAUGGAAGACAUGACAUGAAAUCAUGGAAGAAGAACUCAGUAUCUUCAGUAAUUUCUACCCCUUUGUUUUCUAAUACAAGGUUUCGGGUCUGUCCUCAAAUAUUGUGUGUGUACUGCAGAGCUUCCAGAAGUGCCUCGAGGAAGGAAGUACUGGAAUUAUUUCUAAAAGCAGAACCUUGUUUUGUUUUUAUAAGCUUUUAGUUGUUGUACGUAGUGAUGGAAAAACAUGGCUGUUACUGGGGCUGACUUCUUGCUGAAGGCUUUGAUUCUGCAGAAUGUUGUUGGGAUGUUCAUCUCAUACAACAUCUUGUCAGUCUUCUGUUUCUCACAGUGAACAUGGGAUCUCUGACGACUUUCUUCAUGACUGAAGAGCACUGCCACAACAGUGGCACAAUUUUUCCUCUGGUGUUUGUUACGUAGAACAAAAGAUACCAAGAAUCCUUCUGUAAUUUUUUUCAAAAAGAUUAUUUUUUUCCCCCAAACAUGAUGAUGAUUCAGUGCAACUACACAGAGUUGAAUGCUUUGGGUUUGUUGGCUUUUUUAAUUCUACUCUUUAAAAAAAAAAAUAGUUGUAUCCUGUAACUCCAUAGUUAGGGAAUGGGAGGAAUCCUGGUUUGAAGUGACUUAAGUCAGUUGGCCAUUGCUGCUGUUUCUUAUGGUGGGUUCAGUUGAGCUGAAUG